CUUAAAAUAUCAAGAAUCAUCAUCACUUCCCUCCACUCUUGCAAUUCCAAACACGCCACUUCCACUCUCCCACCGGCACAACAACACCAUCCAAACACCCGCCGCUCCUCCGCCGCCGCCAACUCCAAACGCCGUCACGUUCCGUCUUCAGCCUUCACAUCCGUCAUCGGAUGUGGGCUCUCUGGCGGUUCGCCCCCUCCAUCACGGCCGCCACAAGAGUUCCGGUGGCGGAAAGAGGAGAAAUGGCACGUGGUGUUUCCUCCGUCUCCGCCGCCGGCCAAGGCGGCAAGAAAGAAACGCCGGCCAAGAAAGAAGGUGCCGGCCGCCGCGGCGACUUCGUUUCGAACCAGCACGUCCUCGGCGGGGCCGGAAAGCGCGACAGAGUCGUCUUCGUCGGAGAGGUGCAAGAAACGCCGCAGCUCCUCAUCUUCCACGCCGUCACGGAGGCGGUCGUCGUCGGGAUCCUCGGAGGGCGAUGUGGCGGCGGCGGCGAGGCUGUCGGCGUUCAAGAAGCUGAUCCCGUGCGGGGUGGAGGGGAAAGUGAAGGAGAGCUUCGCGGUGGUGAAGAAAUCGCGGGACCCACAGGAGGACUUCAGGCGGUCGAUGAUGGAGAUGAUAGUGGAGAGGGAGAUGUCGGAGAAGAAAGAUCUGGAACAGCUUCUCGAGUGUUUCCUGUCGUUGAAUGCCCGGCACUAUCAUGGUUUCAUUGUCGGAGCUUUCUCCCAGAUUUGGGAAGAUCUGUUUAUUAGUUAAUUAGUUAGUUAAUUAGUUGUUUCAUUUGGAGGACCGAUUAAUUAAUUAGUGUUCCAAUUAACCUCCUAGAUAGCUAGAUGUAGCCUGUGUGUAGGAGUUAAUAAGCUAGCUACGUGCGG